GGUGCCGGGUCAGAGGCGCUCGACUGCGCUGGUGAACCCGCAACGCGAGCUUUCCCUAGCAACCGCCCCCGGGUAACGUUCCAAAUCCCUAGCAACCGCCCCCGGGUAACGUUCCAAAUCCCUAGCAACCGCCCCCGGGUAACGUUCCAAAUCCCCAGCAACUACCCGCGCGCCACUGGACGCUGGGAGCGAGAGAUUGAAGUUUGCAGCGCCCCCUCCCCCCCACCGCCCCCUCAAAAAAAAAACCCAUUGCAACCGGGUUGACCAUGGCUUUGGUGUCGACUGAUACACGUAUCUCAGAAUUCCUGGGGAAUUUGCACCAGCUGAUCAAGCAAACUCAGGAGGAACGUUCUAGAAGUGAACACAAUUUAUUAAACAUUCAGAAAACCCAUGAGAGAAUGCAGACAGAGCAAAAGAUUUCUCCCUAUUACCGGACUAAGCUUAGAGGUUUGUACACAACAGCAAAAGCAGAUGCUGAGGCUGAAUGCAACAUUUUGAGGAAAACCCUGGGAAAAAUUGCGGAAAUCAAGUCUUUGCUAGAAGAGAGAAGGAUUGCGGCACGUAACGCUGGGCUUUACAACGAUACUGAGCCUCCCCGGAAAACCAUGAGGCGUGGAGUCCUCAUGACUCUACUUCAACAGUCAGCCAUGACACUGCCCCUGUGGAUCGGGAAACCCGGAGACAAGCCUCCACCGCUGUGUGGCGCUAUCCCAGCCUCCAGCGAUUACGUAGUUAAACCAGGAGAUAAAGUUGCCGCGAGGGUGAAAGGUGUGGAUGGGGACGAGCAGUGGAUCCUGGCUGAGGUGGUCAGUUACAGUCACACAGCAAAUAAGUACGAAGUGGACGAUAUCGACGAGGAAGGAAAAGAACGCCACACGCUGAGCCGCAGACGGAUUAUCCCACUGCCCCAGUGGAAGGCGAACCCCGAGACAGACCCCGAGGCCCUGUUUCAGAAAGAGCAGCUGGUGCUGGCCCUGUACCCCCAGACCACCUGCUUCUACAGAGCUCUCAUCCACAGCCCCCCGCAGCGGCCACAGGAGGACUAUUCGGUGCUGUUUGAAGACACCUCAUACUCUGACGGCUACUCACCGCCCCUGAACGUGGCUCAGCGCUACGUGGUGGCUUGUAAAGAUACCAAGAAAAAGUGACCCCCCGGGGUGUGUCAGCUCCCACUGUCUCUCUCCCCUUCUCUCUCUCUCUCCUCCUCCCGCUCU